AUGGGUUUGUACUCGUGGCCAGUCAAAUACGUUGCUAGAAAGGUUUUCGGAGACGUCGAAAUAGGGAACUCAGGUGAAGAUCCUUUUUUCGAGGAGGUGGAGUUUGAAAAGAAGUCAUUUUGGUCCGGUAGCUCUAGAAUUGUGCGUAAAAAAAGGGACAAGAGUAUUCCCACUUUUAUCCCAGAGGCAGAUCGACGGGUAUUGAAAAAAGUCCGCAAGAGAGCUUAUAGACUUGACCUUGCCUUCCAUUUGUGUGGUGUGAGAUUUGGUUGGUUGGGCAUAAUAGGAAUUUUACCGGUUAUUGGGGAUUUUUUGGUGCUCUAUUUGUCGUUGAUGGUGUAUAGGGAAGCUUUGAAGGUUACUGGGGGAUUACCCACAGUUGUGACGACACAGAUGUUGUCGAACAUCGCCAUCGACUUUGGCCUUGGUCUAAUUCCUAUUGUGGGCGACAUUAUUGGUGUGUGCUAUAAGGCUAAUUCCCGCAAUGUGCUCAUUCUAGAGAAGCAUCUGAAGCACAGGUAUAAUAAAGUGCAAGUUCCAAGGGCAAAAUAG